CAUUGGGACAAUCUUGAGAUUCCAGCUCUUGGAUGUGGUGGAGCAGCUUUCCCAAUUUUGACUGCUGCUGUUCUUCCUCAACCCUUGCCAGGGUCAGAGCCAAGAAAAGGCGAGUCCUUUUCUGCUGAUAGAGCUUUGGGGGGAACUGUUGCUCAGGACCUGGCGCGUCGUCACAGUCUCACGCUUUUCUGUGGCUUCACUGUGAAAUCACUCGCAUGUUUGUAGCCCUGUGAAUCUCUCCGCUCAGUGCUCAGAGGAGGGGUCCAGGAAAACACAAGUAUUGAAAGAGGGAUUCAUAGUACUGCUGGAGCUGUCCGAGGUGCUGAAGCUUCCCAAGCGUUUGUCUUCAGCAGCCCCAGAAGGGGUUAGAUGGCACAUUUUCACUUCUGUCUUUCUGGUCCCCCAUGCCUUGGAUAAGACUGUUUUCAGGAUCGUGAAUACCUUUCCGUAUCAUGGCCCACGUGAGACACUUUCGGACAUUAGUUUCUGGAUUUUACUUCUGGGAAGCCGCACUGUUACUGAGUUUGGUGGCCACCAAGGAAACAAACAGUGCACGGUCUCGAAGUGCUCCAAUGUCACCUUCUGAUUUUCUGGACAAACUAAUGGGGAGGACAUCGGGCUAUGAUGCAAGAAUCAGGCCCAAUUUCAAAGGUCCUCCAGUUAAUGUCACGUGCAACAUAUUCAUAAACAGCUUUGGCUCUAUCGCAGAGACGACUAUGGAUUACAGAGUAAACAUUUUUCUUCGGCAGAAGUGGAAUGAUCCUCGUCUUGCAUACAGUGAAUACCCUGAUGAUUCAUUAGACCUUGACCCAUCCAUGUUAGAUUCCAUUUGGAAACCUGACUUGUUCUUUGCUAAUGAGAAGGGGGCAAACUUCCAUGAAGUUACCACGGAUAACAAGCUGCUAAGAAUUUUCAAAAAUGGAAAUGUUCUUUACUCAAUAAGGUUAACAUUAACACUCUCCUGUCCAAUGGAUCUCAAGAAUUUCCCAAUGGAUGUACAAACAUGCAUAAUGCAACUUGAAAGCUUUGGGUACACGAUGAAUGAUCUCAUUUUUGAAUGGCAAGAUGAAGCCCCAGUACAAGUGGCUGAAGGACUCACUUUGCCUCAAUUUCUGUUAAAAGAAGAAAAAGAUUUGCGAUACUGCACUAAACACUACAAUACAGGAAAGUUUACAUGCAUAGAAGUGCGAUUUCAUCUUGAGCGGCAGAUGGGCUACUACUUGAUCCAGAUGUACAUUCCCAGCCUUUUGAUUGUUAUUCUCUCCUGGGUCUCAUUCUGGAUUAACAUGGAUGCAGCCCCAGCGAGGGUCGCUUUGGGCAUCACCACUGUACUCACUAUGACCACACAGAGUUCUGGAUCCCGGGCUUCCUUACCAAAGGUGUCAUAUGUCAAGGCUAUUGAUAUUUGGAUGGCAGUGUGCCUCCUUUUUGUGUUCUCAGCACUUCUGGAGUACGCAGCUGUGAAUUUUGUCUCAAGGCAACAUAAAGAGCUGCUGAGGUUUCGGCGAAAGAGAAAGAAUAAGACAGAAGCUUUUGCACUGGAGAAGUUUUACCGUUUCUCAGACACGGAUGAUGAGGUGAGGGAGAGUCGGUUCAGCUUCACCCCCUAUGGAAUGGGGCCCUGUCUUCAAGCAAAGGAUGGUGUGGUUCCAAAAGGCCCCAACCACGCUGUCCAGGUCAUGACAAAGAGCCCCGAUGAAAUGAGGAAGGUCUUCAUCGACAGGGCUAAGAAGAUUGACACCAUCUCCCGAGCCUGCUUUCCGCUAGCGUUUCUGAUUUUUAACAUUUUCUACUGGGUUAUCUAUAAAAUCCUUAGGCAUGAAGACAUUCAUCAGCAGCAAGACUAAGUCUCUGAAGUCACACAAAAUACAGAGCAUUCAGUAGAAAGAUUUCCUGCCAAAGGAGGGGGUGGGGGAGUGUAUCUGGGGUACAAGUGAGAGCCAGUUCAUCAGAACAGCAUAUGAGGAAAGAGUUUAUUUUGAUUUCCUAUGUAAAAUAGUGAGACAGAUUGGUUCUUCUAAGGGAUACAAAAUACACAUCGUGGGGGUCCUGCUUCAUACUUCUGACAGGUGAUUUGUUGUCUUCCUAGCGUGAAUGUGUGUUGCGGAUGUUUUACUAGCACAUAGAGUAGACAUGAUAACUACAUUGGGAUGUCUUGAUUUUAAUCCAAUUAGAGUAAACAUUGUGGAAUCGAGAUUUACACAAUAAAGUUUAUAAAGCAAGUAUAACAAAAUGAUGAGGAUAAUAAAAGAGCUUGAGAUAAUACAGCAUAUUAAUGAAGGUAACAAGAUCAUCAAAUGUCAAGGUCACUCCUGUUAGAAAAGUAUUCAUACAAACAGUGUAGAACUAACACCCAUAAUAAAAAAAAAUCAGAUGGUCAGAAUAAAAGCCAUCAUGUAGGACAUUACGGCUUAAACUAUCAUGUUCAUAAAAUUCUACUUAUCUUUACAUCUCUAGGAAUAAAAAGGAAGACACUGAAAACAGUCUUUGCUUGUAAAUAAGUGUUACAUUUAUUUUAAUUAGUAAUAAACACUAACAACUUUAAGCCAAUACAUUUGUUUUUCUUAAACUUAAUAGUGGCUUAUUUGUAUGUUUGGUGUUUUUCUGUAACUUAACAAUAUCCAAUUAAGACUUUUCUAUUUAGUGUAGAAUGAGACUUUAAAUAUUAAUUAUACUAAAGCACUUACAUUUUGAUAAAAACAAAUACAAAUAGAUUCGUAAAAGAUUUUUAAUAAGAAUCAUUUCUCUCAUUAAAAUUUCUUCUCAUCAGAGUAAUCCAUGAGCCCAAAAUGCCUCCAAAUAGCAGGAGGAUGGGUUUUAAUUCUAAGUGAUUUAAACAUAUCAGUUCCAUCAAGUGAAAUAAUUUUAAUCUUUAUGAUCAUUUAAAAUAGUAGGGCUUCACGAGUUGUGAAGAAUUUAAAAGCAAUUUUGCUUGAAAGUUGCUCAUGACCCAUGCAAUUAUUUCAGCUGUAUUCAAGUUCUGUUCGCUCAAUCAGGAAGCAGCUGCCAGUCUCUGAUUCAUUUACUGUUUUUUAAAAUUAUUAUUGUCAUUAAUAUUAUACUUUAAAACUUUUCGAGUGACUUAAGGAUAUUUUAAGCAUUGAUUAGUCUAUAAAAUCAAUACAGUGAAAAUAUCAAGAAUUUAAAAAAAAAAUCUCAGAUA